UGGCGUUGCGCGGAUGCAAAAUCACGUGACUCUGCUUAACGUCGCCUGGGCUUAGCUAUGGCUGCUCAAGCAUUUGGAGCAUACGGGUGAAUAGAAGAUUAGGGUGUCUGUAGACGGUGUCACCGGAUGGGGUUUACAAAGCCAUAAUUAAUACUCUUGGAGAGAACUAUACGUGGAUGUAGUCCUGGGUGAUUCAAGAUGAUGAAGCCAUUUUAGAAGAUUCUGGUUUUGUGACAUUUUGUUUUUUUUUUGUUUGUUUGUUUUUUACUCCCUUGGUUCUUAUGGCCAAGGAUUUGGAAUGUUUAGCUUGAUGGCGAAUUGCUGUGAUUGGUUAAAACGAUGGAGAGAACCAGUGAGAAAAGUCACAUUGGUAAUAGUGGGCCUUGAUAAUGCUGGCAAAACUGCAACUGUGAAAGGGAUUCAAGGAGAGUCUCCUGAAGAUGUGGCCCCGACAGUUGGAUUUUCAAAAGCAGACAUUAAGCAGGGGAGAUUUGAGAUCACAAUGUUUGACUUGGGUGGUGGAAAGAGAAUUCGAGGAAUUUGGAAAAACUAUUAUGCUGAAUCUUAUGGAGUAGUGUUUGUUAUUGACUCGAGUGAUAUUAACAGGAUGGAAGAAACAAAGGAAACAAUGGCUGAAGUUCUAAGGCAUCCUAAAAUUUCAGGAAAACCAGUUUUAAUGUAAGUCAGGAUCCUGGUUUCUAAAUGUUAUGGUUUUGGGUGACUUUGUUAUAUUAAUAGUGCUGUGGGGAAAUUCUGCAGUUUUCUGAAGAAGGAGACAAGUGUCCCUUAAAGUUUUUAAAAUACAUUUGACUUAUAGUUAUGGUAGAAUAUUAUAUAAUAUUUUUUUCUUUCUUCAAAGAUAAAUUUAAAUCUCUCUAAGAACAUUUAUCUGUGUAUACAUCUUUAUAUCAAUAAGGUUGCAGACUUAGAAGAUUUAGUCUUAAUUUUGCACAAUCUGGGGUAUAAUAAGCAUCACAACAUUCCAUCCUAUAACAAAUUCAGCCAUGUUUAUUUGUCUCAGUUUCACUAAUCCCCACACACACCUUUUGUAUUUGUUGACAAUUAUAG